UGCGUCGCGACUGUGAAAGCCUCAGGUCUUCAGCUCGAAGGAGGCAAUCGGAUUGAAAGGAUUUCCGUGCACGAGUCGAGAUCGAACCAUUGGUCAGAGAUGCAAGUACCUCGGGUCAAGCUCCUCAUGGGCUCGGGAGCCAUGUUCGUCUUUGCCAUCAUCUAUGGCUGGGUUAUCUUUCCCAAAAUUCUCAAGUUUAUGAUAUCGAAGCAAGUAACUCUAAAGCCCGGAUCGGAUGUUCGGGAACUCUGGUCCAAUACUCCAUUCCCCCUGCAUUUCUAUAUCUACGUUUUCAACGUUACCAAUCCGGAUGAGGUAUCCGAAGGAGCUAAGCCACGGCUACAGGAAGUGGGUCCCUUCGUUUUCGAUGAGUGGAAGGACAAGUAUGAUUUGGAGGAUGAUGUCGUAGAGGACACGGUCAGCUUCACCAUGAGGAACACCUUCAUUUUCAACCCAAAGGAGUCGCUGCCACUGACGGGCGAGGAGGAGAUUAUCCUGCCGCAUCCCAUAAUGCUGCCUGGCGGCAUUUCGGUUCAAAGGGAAAAGGCUGCGAUGAUGGAGCUGGUUUCCAAAGGAUUAAGCAUUGUCUUUCCGAAUGCCAAAGCCUUUUUGAAAGCUAAAUUUAUGGAUUUGUUUUUCCGCGGCAUCAACGUAGAUUGCUCUUCGGAAGAAUUCUCCGCCAAGGCGCUCUGCACGGUGUUUUACACGGGAGAAGUUAAGCAGGCCAAACAAGUGAAUCAAACGCACUUUUUGUUCUCGUUUAUGGGUCAGGCCAAUCACUCCGAUUCUGGGAGAUUCACAGUCUGUCGCGGAGUUAAGAAUAACAAAAAGCUUGGAAAGGUAGUGAAGUUUGCCGACGAACCGGAGCAAGAUAUUUGGCCAGAUGGCGAGUGCAACAACUUCGUGGGCACUGAUUCCACGGUUUUUGCACCGGGCCUAAAAAAGGAGGAUGGUCUGUGGGCAUUCACGCCGGACUUGUGUAGAUCCCUGGGCGCUUAUUACCAGCACAAGUCAUCCUACCAUGGCAUGCCAUCGAUGAGAUACACCCUGGAUUUGGGGGAUAUACGUGCCGAUGAGAAGCUUCACUGUUUCUGCGAAGAUCCCGAAGAUCUGGACACGUGUCCACCCAAGGGUACUAUGAACCUGGCGGCCUGUGUUGGAGGUCCGUUGAUGGCAUCAAUGCCCCAUUUCUAUCUUGGCGAUCCAAAACUGGUUGCAGACGUUGAUGGUCUUAAUCCAAAUGAAAAGGAUCAUGCGGUCUACAUAGACUUUGAACUUAUGUCUGGAACACCUUUUCAGGCUGCCAAGCGUUUGCAGUUUAACCUGGACAUGGAGCCAGUGGAGGGCAUAGAACCCAUGAAGAAUCUGCCCAAGCUGAUAUUGCCCAUGUUUUGGGUGGAGGAGGGCGUGCAGUUGAACAAGACCUACACGAACUUAGUAAAAUACACACUAUUUCUGGGCCUAAAAAUCAACUCAGUCCUGCGCUGGUCCCUCAUUACUUUCUCCCUGGUGGGCCUGAUGUUUUCCGCCUAUCUUUUCUACCACAAGUCCGACAGUUUGGACAUAAACAGCAUCCUCAAGGAUAACAACAAGGUAGACGACGUGGCCAGCACAAAGGAGCCCAUGCCUCCAGCCAAUCCAAUGCAAUCUUCUACUGUGCACCCUGUCCAGUUGCCCAAUACUCUGAUUCCCGGCACGAAUCCCGCCACCAAUCCAGCUACCCAUCUCAAAAUGGAGCAUCGGGAGCGCUACUAAUCCUCCAAAUGGCGAUAUCCAGCGAUCUCUGCACCAUAGUCGUAGUCCACUGCACCUGUGUAGUCCAGCAUGAGCUAAUAAACUGAGACAGAUCUAA